AUGGUGUCUGCAGAGGUAGAGGCCAUGAGCGACGAUGUUCGCGUCAUCGGCUACGACCCGCUCAUCCCUCCCCAACUCCUCACCUCCGAACUGCCCGCCCCCGAAAACUCCCUCCCCACCGUCCUCAAAGGUCGCAAAGAAGCCGUCGAGAUCAUCAAACAGAACGACGACCGGCUGCUCGUAAUCUGCGGACCCUGCUCGCUCCAUGACCCCUCCACUGCUGUCGAGUACUGCUCUCGCUUGGUCCAACUCGCCGACAAGCUGAAGGAUGAUUUGCUCAUCAUCAUGCGCGCGUACCUCGAGAAGCCCCGGACGACGGUCGGCUGGAAGGGUCUGAUCAACGACCCGGACAUCGACGAGACGUACAAGAUCAACAAGGGUUUGCGAGUCAGCCGAAAACUGUUCUGCGAUCUCACGAGCCAGGGGAUGCCGAUUGCGAGCGAGAUGCUGGAUACCAUUUCUCCUCAGUUCCUGGCAGACCUGAUCUCGCUGGGUGCUAUCGGUGCGAGAACUACGGAGUCGCAACUCCACCGUGAGCUGGCGUCUGGUCUGUCGUUCCCAAUGGGCUUCAAGAAUGGCACAGACGGGAGUUUGACGGUGGCCGUGGAUGCGAUUGGCGCGGCGGCGGCGAAGCAUCAUUUCAUGGGUGUGACCAAGCAAGGUCUGGCGGCCAUCACGAGGACGGCAGGGAAUCCGGAUUGCUUUGUGAUUCUCCGAGGUGGCACGACGGGGACGAACUUCGACAAGGAGAGUGUUGCGAAGACGAGGGAGGCGCUGCGGAAGAACAAGCAAAAGGAGGUGAUGAUGAUCGAUUGUUCGCAUGGCAACUCCCAAAAGAACCACAAGAACCAACCGAAAGUGGCACAAACGAUCGGCGACCAGCUUCGUGAAGGUCAAGACGGCAUCGUCGGCGUCAUGAUCGAAUCGCAUCUCAACGAAGGCAACCAGAAGACCAGUGGAGGCGGGUUGGCGUCGCUGGAGAAGGGUGUCAGCAUCACGGAUGCAUGCAUCAACUGGGACACCACGGUCGAAGUGCUGGAGCAGCUGGCCGACGCUGUGAGGACGAGGCGGCAGAUGAAGUCGAAGGGCGCCAAUGGGUCGGCAAACGGAGUGCACUAG